UGCAUUUCAUUUUCAGCUCAAGCUUGUGCAGAUGUUCUGGCAUUAGCCAAAGAAGCUAGAAAGCGAAAUCUUGGUCCUCUUCAUCCUUCCUUUAAUGUGAUGAAGAUAUUAAGAGAUGGACUGAUGAGAAAUCUUCCAGAAAACACUCACCAGUUGUCAUCAGGCAGACUGUGUAUUUCGCUAACCAGAGUAUCAGAUGGUAAAAAUGCAUUAAUAUCUAAUUUUAACUCUAAAGAAGAAGUUGUCCAGGCUUUAAUCUGUAGUUCAUUUGUCCCUAUUUAUUGUGGCCUAAUUCCACCGUCAUUUAGAGGUGUGCGCUAUGUGGAUGGAGGAAUCAGUGACAACUUACCUCACUAUGAAUCUAAGAAUACCAUCACAGUUUCACCUUUCGCUGGGGAGUGUGAUAUCUGCCCAAAGGGGAAUUCUGCCAACUUUCAUGAAAUGAAUGUGACCAACACCAGCAUUCAGCUCAGUUUGGGGAACCUUUAUCGUUUAACACAAGCGCUCUUUCCACCAGAACCUAAGGUACUAGGAGAGAUCUGUGAGCAAGGAUAUUCAGAUGCACUUAAAUUCUUGAAAGAGAAUGGUAUUCUGAAUGACUCAAUUUAUAUCCACUUGUCCUUCACAAAAAGAAACCCUCAUGAGGCUGCACAACACAUUGACCAUAUGAAGAAAAAAAAAUUGACAGAAAAUAACAGAGUAGAAGCUUUGAAAAUGGAAGUACUUAAUGACCAGCUGAAGCAAAAUCCAUGGCCUUUGGAGAAGAGCAUAUUUGAGAGUCUGCCUCCUAGACUUCGUAAAGCACUGCAGGAAGCUUGUAAAGAACAGAAUGGAUUCUAUGCUCAGUUCUCUAAACUGUUCCCAAUGCGGGUGAUAUCCUAUCUGAUGCUACCAUAUACACUACCAGUGGAAUCUGCUUACUCUGUUGCUUUACGGCUAGUAAACUGGUUUCCUGACAUGCCUGCUGAUGUUCGAUGGAUGCAAGAACAGCUUUAUCGGAUUGCUGGUAUAGUUUAUUCCCAGGCUAAAAGCAAGCUCUUCUGUACAUCCAG